AUGGCGAACACCAAACACGACAAGACUGGUGAAACAGCGAAGCCAACCUAUGACCCAAAGUUCACGGAUAUGGUCAUUGCUGCCACGGGCCCAAAUGCAAACCCACGCCUUGCUCAGAUCAUGCCUAGCCUUUUGAGACACCUGCACGAUUUCGCGAGAGAGGUUGACCUCACGGUUGCCGAGUGGACUGCUGGAGUUGAAUUGAUCAACGAGGCAGGCCAGAUGUCGGAUAACAAACGCAAUGAGACCCAGCUGCUCUGCGACAUCCUCGGCCUAGAAUCGCUAGCCGACGAGAUCACCUCCAAGCUCCUCGCACAGCAGGGCUCUGACGCCACCCCAUCCGCCGUGCUGGGCCCCUUCUACCGUGCCGACGCCCCGGUGCUCCCCAACGGCUCCAGCAUCGUUUCCACGGCCGGCACCUCGGCCGAGUGGGCCAAAGCCGCCGCCCAGUCACUGACUCACCUCUCAGGCCGUGUCCUGUCAUCCACCACAGGCGAACCCAUCGCCGACGCCCUCGUGGACGUCUGGGAGGCCGGACCCAACGGAAUGUACGAGCAGCAGGACCCGGCGCAGCCGGACAUGAACCUGCGGGGCCGGUUCCGGACCGACGCUCACGGCCGCUACUCGAUGCUGUGCCUGCGGCCGACGGCGUACCCUAUCCCGUCCGACGGGCCCGCGGGGCGGCUGCUGGAGCUGCUGGACCGCCACCCGUACCGCCCGGCGCACAUCCACUUCAUCGUCAGCAGGCCCGGGUUCCUACCCCUGACCACGCAGGUGUUCGACCGCGAGGACCGGCGCUGUGCCGACGAUGCCGUGUUCGCCGUCAAGGAGGAGCUGCUGGUCGAGUUCAGGAGGCGGGAGGGGGAGGGGGAUGGAGAGCCCAGGUGGGAGUUGCAGUAUGAUUUUUACUUGGGAGAGGCUUGA